AUGCGCGCUACCUUGCUACGUCUCGCUGAGUCGGUCACCACAAGGCCAUUGAACCUGCGAGCAGCAAGCGCCACCCUUCUUCCACCUAUUCCACUUUACCGCCGCCUACUCCGAGCGCACAGAUACCUUCCUGUGGAGAUGCGGUCGUUGGGUGACGAUUAUGUUAAAUCAGAAUUUCGUCGUCACAAAGAUGUGGAUAACCCGGCAUAUCUGAUCGGGUUUCUCUCCCAAUGGAAAUCCUACUUAGAUCAAAUACCGGCCGGACCAGAGGCUCAGCAAUUCAAGGGAAGGAAGAUGGACCCUACUGUGUUCGAAAAGUUGUCGUCCGAGCAGCUGGGACAGAUGUAUGAACUCAUGCACGCUACUAAAGAUGUUUGGAAACCUGCCAACGAGCUGGCGGAGAGUCCUACUGGCUCAGGAAAAGAUGGCAGCUUGGAUUAAUGUGUAGGGAUUAAAUCAUUCAUUUAUCCUGUUCUUUUUGUGAGCAUUUCCGGCAUAUGCCGGCAGAUCCGAAUCGGGACAUGUACUCAACAGUCUGUUAGCGCUCUCAGUGCUUAUCACACUCAGCAGCGUUUGUGUGUAAAUAUAGCGAAUCUUACGAGCCUCGGUCACCUGGGAGCCAAUACUGGCAUUCCGCCUCCGCCUUUUCCCGUCGGCCUUGUGAUACAGGCCUUCGAUAUCUCACCCUAUCGCACGUGUUCUAUUUUAUAUGACGCAAUUCCACUUUGUCCCUUGU